UUUCAGAGUUUUCAGAGUUCUUACCAGAACUCUGAAAUCUAUCAUAUUCGGUAGCCACCUCCUCUGCCCAUCUCUGCAUGUGAGGUUAUGGAACCUCACAUUGGAAGGACCCUUAUUUAGUCCCGGAAUUGUUGGGGAGGUAUUUGCUUUCUUGUGAUGCCUGAGAUGCUGAUCGGCUCUGCUUAAUUAACCCCAUGGAAGAAACUGGAAGCAGUAGCAGAAGGCUGAUUUAGGCCAAUAGGAAGAAGAAUUUCUAUCAGCCCAAAUGGAAUGGGCGUCACUAACAACUGGACAAGCAAAGGCCAGGUGGGCACUUGGCAGGGGCACUGGCCUGGGGUGAAGGUUUGGAUGAGUUCUUCAAACUUCCAUGGGGCUCCAGAUUUCUCAGGUCUGGCCUUGGUUCUGCAAGCCAAAUGAGUCACUGAGAAUGCCCUACAAGGUGAUGGGUGCCAGUCAGUAGUAAGCAGCCCCCCAGUUGGCCCAGUCCUUUAACAAAGCUGGCCAGGAGCAAGGCCUACCACAUUUAGAGAGGUCAUCUGCAUUUGAUCAUCUGGCAAGGAAACCCAAAUGGAAGGAAACAGGCAUUUUUAGAGCAUCUACAAAAUGCCAGGCUCCAAUACAAGAUGCUUUGGUACUAUGGUUCAUCCAAGUCUCCCACAGGACUGCAGGGAGAGUCUAUCUUCCUUCUAUAUCUGGGAAGACCAAGGCUCAGAGAGGCUAAGUAACUUGCCUAAGAUCCCACAGCUAGUAAGUUACAGCACUAGGAUUCAAACCAAAUCCUCCUGACUUCCAGUAGCAAUGGAGGCCAGUGCUCACUGAGCACCAGCUGUAUGCUUAGGCACAAUUACUAGCCUUUUGCGUGGAUUAACUCAUUUGAUUCUCACAGCAACUUCAUGAGAUAGGAACUGUUAUACCUUCAUUUUAUGGAGAAGGGGAACUGAGGCAUUGUGGAGUAACUUGCCAAGGUCAGAGGCAGUGUUCAGAUCCGACAUCAUAACCACUGGCCUCCACUAUGUGUUUAGGGCUGCUGAGCACAACAGAAUUUGCUGCAAAGGUGCCUUGCCCCCCGCCCCCUCCUCCUCACAAAGCCAGGCAGAGUCCUGGAGUAACAUGAGGCAGGACCGGGAUGGAGUGGAAAGCAGACUUAAGUUCAAAGUCAAGAUGCCCUUUGAAGCAGAGGGAGAGAUGGUGCGGGUCCAUAUGAAGGUACUCUUGGGUUGGGGUUGUAGAUGGGCCGUUUCCUGCCAGGAGUGGAGACAGGGUGGGCUGUGCAACCUCCAAGGUUUCCCCCAUGGAUAUCCAAGGGUGCCCCGAGCACCUAGUAGGUGUUGGAGCUGUUCGCUGUUGGACAGAGACCACAGCUGGCCCCUUCUCCCAGUCAGAGGAGUGCCCUGUGGCUGUCGCAGAGCUGAGGACACCAGGGAUCAGGUCUUGUGAGGCAGGUGGGGAAGGGGGCCUGAGGGUGGCAGAUAGGGGAAGUAGCCUGUAGGACAGGAGCUGUUGAAUCACAGAGGAGGCUGGCAGGGGCCAGGACCAAGGGCCAAGGACACCCCAGGCCUGAGCUAGGACCCUGGUCAGCGCACGUGAACUCAGGACCACGGAGAGCUCCACGGGAGCCUCCCGUCACCCUGGUGACAGCUGUCAGGGUGUGCCUGCACCUGGGAGGCUGCUGCCCAUCUGGCCAGUCCCAGAAUUACAGCCCGUAGCCUCCAGGGAGCAUCUGUCUUCUCUCUGGCCAGGAGACCCCACUGGACUCAGCCUGAGCCCAGACCCCAAGGUCAUGGCUGGGUGGUGGGGUUUGGGCUCAUUUGCUUCCUUCUCUCUCAUCUCAUAAGCUUAUCAAGCAGAGCCCAAAGAAAGAGGUCACAAGAAGGGAGAAGUGGGAAGAGGGAGAGAAAGAAGAAAAUCUGCCCAGCUGGAACCUUCUGGGCAUGGCCACAGGAACAGGAGGCCCAGAGUGGGCUGGCCCUGCCACCAUCCUGGCUCAGAGUCAGCCUCCUGCAUCCAUGAUUAUCUGACUACCAGGAAGCACCCAGCUCAUCCCACCCCCCAACCUCCACACAGGAGACCCCGGGUCCCUGGGGUUGGGUGCAACUCACAGAGUAUGUGUGGAGUGGGCAGUGGGGGGGGCGUCAUUCUAGGGAGGCUCCCAGCGAGCCUCAUGGUUCUUCCCUGAAGCACCAGGAAGUAGGGUACCAUUUCCCAGCCCAGCCCGCGUCAGGCUCAGGCUCUGUCCGGAUUCCACUUGCUCCACUUGAGGACCCUCCCUCCACCCCUUGCUGCUCUUAAACAAGACAGCACCUGCCAGGGCCCCACCUCUGAGCCUUUGCUCCAGCUGCACCCCCACCUGAAGGCUCUCACUACUUUUCUUCCAGGUGGGGAAAUGACAGUAGCAACAAGAAGAGCUAAAGAUUAUUGGGCACUUACUCUGUGCUAGGCAUUUGACGUGGAUUAUUAUUGAACCCUCAUUUUAUAGAUGAGAAAAAGGAGGAAGAUCAUUAACCUGCCCAAAGCCACACAGAUAGGAAAUGGCAGAGCCAGGAUUUGAACUGUUUGGUUAGGUUCUAAAGUCAGUGUACAUGCAAGUGACAGUGAGCACGUGGAGGUGGCCCAGGACGACGUAGGUGCUCUUGUUGAUAACCUGCUGUUCCAGCUGUCUGUCCAGCGGGAGAGACAGACUUCUGGGGAGACGGGCUCAGCAUGGCGAGCAUGGGGACAGGCUGGGGCUGUGUUUUGGUCUCUCCAAUCCGGUGUCACAUUUAAAGUGGGCAGGGUAGCACUUAGAGGACCCUGCAGACACAGAGCUGCCUUGAAGCCCAGCUCUGCCGUUUACCAUCUCCAUGGAGGCUGUUGAGGGGUGGACUCCACCCCAGUCAAAGGCUGGUCCACCUUUCAGGCCCUAGAGACACUAAAUUUGACUCCUCGCUCACAUUUCACAUCCAGGUCAUUGACAAAUCUUGCAGAAUCCCACCGCUUCCUGCACUUCCGCCUCUGGCCCAGGCAGGGCAGUGGCCUCCUUGAUGCUCUCCCUGCUCUGCUCUUGAAGUGACAGUCUGUUCUCUGCAGAACAGCCCAGGAUGAAGAUGAGACGCUACAAGCUCUUUCUCAUGUUCUGUAUGGCCGGCCUGUGCCUCAUCUCCUUUCUGCACUUCUUUAAGACCCUGUCCUAUGUCACCUUUCCCCGAGAACUGGCCUCACUCAGCCCUAAUCUGGUUUCCAGUUUCUUCUGGAACAAUGCCCCGGUCACACCGCAGUCUAGCCCGGAGCCAGGUAGCCCCGACCUGCUGCGAACCCCACUCUAUUCCCACUCGCCCCUGCUGCAGCCAUUGUCACCAAGCAAGGCCGCCGAGGAACUCCACCGGAUGAACUUUGUGCUACCCGAGGACACCACCGAGUAUUUCGUCCGCACCAAAGCGGGAGGCGUCUGCUUCAAGCCAGGUACUAAGAUGCUGGAGAAGCCCCCAUCGGGGCGGCCAGAGGACAAGGCGGAAGCGGGCGAAGGCUCGUCGGCGCGGGGCCCGGCCCGGCACCUGCUGAGCACCCGGGAGCGCAAGUGGGUGGAGUGCGUGUGCCUGCCGGGCUGGCACGGGCCGAGCUGCGGCGUGCCCACCGUGGUGCAGUACUCCAACCUGCCCACCAAGGAGCGCCUGGUGCCCAGGGAGGUGCCGCGGCGGGUCAUCAACGCCAUCAACAUCAACCACGAGUUCGACCUGUUGGACGUGCGCUUCCACGAGCUGGGCGACGUGGUGGACGCCUUCGUGGUGUGCGAGUCCAACUUCACCGCCUACGGGGAGCCGCGGCCGCUCAAGUUCCGCGAGAUGCUGACCAACGGCACCUUCGAGUACAUCCGGCACAAGGUGCUCUACGUCUUCCUGGACCACUUCCCGCUGGGCGGGCGGCAGGACGGCUGGAUCGCCGACGACUACCUGCGCACCUUCCUGACGCAGGACGGCGUGUCGCGGCUGCGCAACCUGCGGCCCGACGACGUCUUCAUCAUCGACGACGCCGACGAGAUCCCCGCGCGCGACGGCGUGCUCUUCCUCAAGCUCUACGACGGCUGGACGGAGCCCUUCGCCUUCCACAUGCGCAAGUCGCUGUACGGCUUCUUCUGGAAGCAGCCGGGCACCCUGGAGGUGGUGUCGGGCUGCACGGUGGACAUGCUGCAGACGGUGUACGGGCUGGACGGCAUCCGCCUGCGCCGCCGUCAGUACUACACGAUGCCCAACUUCCGCCAGUACGAGAACCGCACGGGCCACAUCCUGGUGCAGUGGUCUCUGGGCAGCCCCCUGCACUUCGCCGGCUGGCACUGCUCCUGGUGCUUCACGCCCGAGGGCAUCUACUUCAAGCUCGUGUCCGCCCAGAACGGCGACUUCCCCCGCUGGGGUGACUACGAGGACAAGCGGGACCUCAAUUACAUCCGGGGCUUGAUCCGCACGGGGGGCUGGUUCGACGGCACACAGCAGGAGUACCCGCCGGCCAACCCCAGCGAACACAUGUACGCCCCUAAGUACCUGCUCAAGAACUAUGACCAGUUCCGCUACCUGCUGGACAACCCCUACCAGGAACCCAAGAGCACAGCGGCAGGUGGGCGGAGGAACAAGGGUCCUGAGGGAAGGCCACUGGCCAGGGGCAAGUUGGACGUGGUUGAAGGCUAGGGUGCAUGAUCUUACAGCAGAGUCAGGGUCA